CAGUCCUCUCUUCCUGGACACUUCAGGGAUCUGGUGGCAGGACGUGCCAUCCCUAGCAGCAGCAGAGGCGUCCUGGGACGUGACGGAGAUGGCAGCUCUGCGGAAGGCUGCGGAUGACGACUCGGACCUGAGCCACCUGGAGGGGGACAGCGCAGAGGAGCUGGCUGUGCCGGACCCAGAACUAGAAGCCAUCAAAGCCAAAGUGCGAGAGAUGGAGAAGGAGGAUGAGAGGCUGAAGAAGCUGCAGCUGGAAGCUGAGAGCCGCCUUAUCAUGAGCUCGGAGGCAGGUCUCUUCCCAAGGACAACUGAGGAGAAGAUGGAGGUUGACCAACGAUCCAUCUAUGUGGGCAAUGUGGACUAUGGGGGCACGGCGGAAGAGCUGGAGUCUCACUUCAACAGCUGCGGGCAGAUCAACCGAGUGACCAUCCUCUGCGACAAGUUCUCGGGGCAUCCCAAAGGGUAUGCCUACAUCGAAUUUGAAGAGAAGAGCUCUGUGAAGGCUGCGGUGGAGCUGGACGAGAGUGUGUUCAGAGGCCGUAUCAUUAAGGUGCUGCCCAAGAGGACCAACAUGCCGGGUAUCAGCACCACCGACCGUGGGGGCUACCGGGGCCGCUUCCAAGCCCGGGGAGGGCUGGCCCAGCGGGGAGGCUACUAUGGAGGGCAGUACCCAAGGGUGCGAGGGAGGACAUACAGGGGACGGGCAAGGCUGCUGCCUUGGUAUUUUCCAUACUAGAAAGGACUGGACUGCCCUGGUGAUGCUGAUGGGACUGAAGUGAAGAGAUGGGAUUGGAGAGAUUUAAAAAUAUGCCUACCCAAACCAAAAAAAAAGAUUAAUUUUAAAAUGCCAUCUGCCUGGCCGUGAGGAUUACUGGUGAGGCGGCCGGAGUGCUGAGCUGCGGGAGGGAAGACUGGAUCCGCUCCCCCCACACCUCAGCCCAUCCCUGCCAGCGUCCCAGGAGGGGCCCACCUUAGCUUUCCUUGGGGGUUGUGUUUUCACUGAAAACAGUCUCAUUCCAGAAAACACCCUGUCCUGGGAGGGGAAGAGCUUUCCCAGACCAUCAAGUCUCAUCUUCAUCCCAUAGAAAAGGACUGUACUAGAGGGUUUGGUGUAAAUCUGGUUUGGCUUUCAGCUGUCCAAAUGCCCUGCAGACCUGUCCUGCUCAGCCCAUGAAGCACCUCAGCUUUGGCUGUUUCUGCAGGAGCUUGCUCUUGCCCAUGAGAAGAUCCUAAAGACCUUUCCAAAGAUUUUCUUCACAUCAGUGGAGAAAGUCUUGGGUUGCAGCUCUAGAUCUGACUGCUGGGGAGCUUUUCCUUCCUUCCAUCAGCCUUGUGGAUUUCUGACCUUGCUCUUGGGAAGAGGAUGGAGCUUAUCAAUGUGUCUGGUUUUUAGCUCACUGCUGCUGUUGUCCAUCUAACAACCAGGGCAGGGAAAAGGCCUCCCUUGCUGUUCCUCUGGAAGCCUCUGUAUCUCUCUGGUGGUUAAGCAAGGUCUGGGUGUCACAAAACCCGUCCCCUCUUUUAUUUCAGAAGUCAACCUCCUCUUCCCCCAUCCCGCUUUCAUCCCAAAGCUACAGGGAUCAAAGGGUGCUGCCAACUCAUCAUUGUCCUUUAUUUCUAGCAGUAUUACAAAACCACCUUCACUGUUGCAAAUUUGGUCUGAUCUUCCUUUUGACUCCCGUCACCAUUCCUGCUCCGGAUCCCCGGCUGGGGAUGGGUGAGCCCAGCUCGCCUAGAGGGUCGGGACUGCAGCGCGUGGCAGGAGCUGGGUACUGGGGAACAAGCACUGCCUGGCAAUUCCUCUUCCUGCUGAUCUUGUGUUCAUGAGCUCUGAAACUGCUCGUUUUUAAAGGAAAAAUUUUUGUGUUAAAAGAGGCAGACUGCGACCACCAGCAGACGGUUUUGUGUGAAGUUCUGCACUGAAAUCAGUUUUAUUAUGUAAUUCUCACGCUAAUCUUUCGGGAUCUUUGGUUAGGAUUCCUCUAACCCAGAUGCAACAGAUGCGACUGACUCCUAAAGCAGCUUUUCACAGCUCAGGGAGCAUUGCCAGGCUAAAAAUCCCACUGGUGGUUUUUUUUUUUUUCCUUUCCCCUUAAGAUCUCAGGAUUUUUUUUAAAGCUUGGGGCCUUAACUCUUCAUGUUGUGUUGAUUUUUGCACGUUGCCCAGCACGGACUGUGCUGCUGAGGCUGGCCUUGAUCUGAGCCACCCUUAGACUAUAAAAUGGGCUUUUUCUAGGGCUUUAAACUUUCCAUUUAGUAGCUUUGUAAAUUCCUGAGACUUAAUUUUUAACAAAAACUACUUUGGGGUGUUCGGAUUCUCUUGUGGAAGAGGAAAGGCUGAGCUCCUGUCUCUGAGUGAAAAGAGUCAAGUUUUUUAUAUGAAAAUGUUUCAGAGUAGCUGUGCCUUGUUUAGAUGGUGGGAGAGGCUCUUUAAUCUCCCAUUAUUUGGCAGGUUGUUGUUGAUUAAAUGUAUUUAAGUUCUGUUUGAGAAGGUACUGUAAAUGUCACUUAUUUUUAAAAUAAAUGAUCCUGCUGUGUGA